CACACUGGCCAUCCAACUUUGGGGCAAGCAACUCACAAACAAAAAGGUCCUCUUUUACUGCGACAACCAAGCCGUCGUAGCAAUAAUCAACAAACAGUCGACCAAGGCCCCCAGAGUGAUGAGCCUACUCUGUCGCCUAAUCCUGCAGUGCCUCCGAUAUAAUAUUAUGUUUAAGGCAAAGUAUGUAUGUUCCACUGCUAACACUAUUGCCGAUGUUCUCUCGAGGUUUCAGCUCAAACGCUUCCGAGAGGCAGCACCAGCCGCGGACCAGAACCCCACACCUUUCCCGUGCAUCAUAUGGCUGAUCUGAGGCAGGAGGCCGGCAGACUCCUACAACAAUCUCUGUCUACAAAUACAUGGGCCACCUACCAAACAGGCAUCAAUGCCUUGCACCAGUUCCGGUCCACACACCAGCUACAAGAGGUGUGGCCAGUCCCGCUGGAUCAGUUUGGAUGGUGGGAUCCAGCUACAUGGCCAGGGCACGGCAGUACUUGCUCCUGAAGGGCACCAGUCCGAACCAACCGAGGAUGCUACGGCUGGCACGAGGGGGGAUGAGGUGGAAGGAGCUGGACACCAUUCUAGAUGCACAGGUCAAGGCGACACGGCGCAGCCCCAGAGCCCUCAUCAUUCACCUGGGCUCCAACGACCUGUGCUCGGUCAAGGGCAGCCAACUCUACCUUGACAUGGUGGCAUCAAUACCCUCGGAUACAACUCCAGCUACCUGACACCAAGAUCAUCGUAUCCUCAAUGCUGCCCAGGCGCUACUGGCACGAUGCCAAGGAUCCACUAAAGAUCGAGGGGAUGCGGAAGAAUAUCAACCGCCGACUGGCCAACCGAGUCAAAGAGCUCGGCGGUACAAUAGUGCCACAUCCCCAGAUCCUGGCAUCAGACAAGACAUGGUACGCCUGGGAGGGCGUCCACCUCAGUGACAAAGGACUGUGUGUGUUUACGGACAAUUUAUUGCAUGCCCUGGCGCUUGUUUUGCGCCAGUAAGGAUGUUAUCUCCACAGGUUAUUGUUUCUUUUCAGUACAUAGGCAAGCGGGGCAACAAUGCUAUCUCCGCGUAUCGCGUGGCCGUGGGUGUGGGGUAGUGCUUUGUGGCGGGGUUCUAGUGGGCUACACUGCUAGUAACAAAUUAACUUGCUUCCAAAUUAAUACUCGUGCUUAAGGCUACCUGCUUUUCAGUGGGAACCUUUCCGGGGUUACUUGCUUCUAAGUGGGAACCUUGUCUUUCCCGACUUUUCAGCCGGGGAAUGGUAAAAUAACAUACGUUGGGGCAAACAAUUGCCACGUAUAUGGGCCCGGCGG